UUGUUGAGGCUGUUGUCCUCCAUGUGACGGUGACGAUGCUUAAGCAUAGUAUACAGUAUGGUGUGCAGUCAUGUCUUUAUAUCUUCUCCAUUAUCAUCACUCUGCAUUCCCCAAUUCUUCUGCAUUGCCAUGCUCCGACUUUGAUCGUUUGUCAUUGAUUCAAUCCUUCUUUGAAAAUGCUGUCCUCUGAUAUCAGUCGGUUUGACGUGGUAGCUAUUCUUGGAACUUCAAUUCUUAUUUACUGCAUCUUGGGCGUUAUAUAUCGUCUUUACUUCCACCCGCUAUCCAAAUUUCCGGGUCCUAUAUUGCCUGCAGUCACCCUCUGGUCGGAAUUUUAUCAUGAAUGCAUCCAAUCAGGCCAGUACUUCCUCAAGAUUUCACAAUGGCACGAAAAAUAUGGUCCAAUUAUCCGGAUCGGGCCAAAUGAAAUUCAUAUCAAUGAUCCCGAAUACUACAACACCCUAUUCUCUUAUAAUGGCGUGAGAAACAAAGAUCCAUUCUACACAGCACAGUUUAACACGCCAGAUACUGAAUUUGGAGCCGAGGAUCACUAUAUUCAUCGAAUGAGAAGGUCUGCACUCAAUCCAUUCUUCUCAAAAGCUUCGAUUGAUCGCCUUUCCCCUAUGUUAACUUCUAUGGUCGAAAAACUCUCAUCACGCCUCGAAGAGUUCCGUAAUACGAAUCAACCGCUCAUCAUUCGUCUUCCCUUUCAAUGUUACACGGCCGAUAUCGUUACACUUUACGCAACCAACCGUUGUUGGAAUCAUCUCGAUACUCCAGAUUUCAAUCCCUCAUGGGCACAAACCUUUGUUGCUCUAUCUGUUGUAUCAAAAUGGGCCAAAUUUCUUCCAAGUAUUUAUACCUUGAUGGAACAUAUCCCGCACUGGAUACUGAACAGAUUUGCUCCGAGCGUUAUUCUUACGCUUGACUAUCAUAAUAAAAUUCGCACCCAAAUCAGCGAAAUCCUCUCAGGCACCAUCCUCCCAGUCGAUGCCCCUAUCAAUGGCUUCCCACGUACCAUAUUUCAUAAUUUCCUCUCCUCUUCUUUACCGGAAAGCGAAAAGAAGUUCUCUAAUAUGAGUCAGGAGGCUAUCAAUAUCAUUGGGGCGGGCACGGAUACGACGGCUCAUACGUUGAUGAUUUUGAUGUAUUAUCUAGCUAGUGACGCGGUGAGGUGUGAGAAGUUGAGAGAAGAAUUGAGGGGUGUGGGAUUAGGGAGGAGAGAGCAUGAGGGGAUGAAGAAAGUGGAGCUGGGGAUGGUGGAGAGAUUGGUUUAUUUGAAUGCUUGUGCUCUUGAAGGAUUACGUCUUUCCUACGGCGUCACAAGUCGACUAGCUCGCAUCGCACCCAACGAGAACUUACGAUAUGGCAAAUGGGAAAUCCCCGCCGGUACACCCAUCGGCAUGAGCACAAUGCUUCAACACCACAAUGAACACAUCUUCCCUUGCUCCCAUCAAUUUCUCCCCGAACGAUGGAUUUUAGAAAAUGGCAGCAUAAACCACGCUCUUGAAAAAUAUCUUGUUUCUUUCUCGCGCGGCUCAAGAAGUUGUAUUGGCCAGGUUCUCGCCAAAGCGGAAAUCCACCUCGCGCUCGCAGUUGUCAUAUCGCGUUUUGAAAUCCGUCUCUACGAAACGGAUUUCGAGAGAGAUGUUAGGGUGAAGAGGGAUUAUUUUUUGCCCCAGCCGGGAUUGGAUAGUAGGGGGGUGAGGGUUUUGUUGAGUUGAGUUGGGUUUUUGGGGGGAAGUUUUGUUGGGAUGGG